GAUCAGAUGCGACUGGCUGGCAGAACUUCGAAGCAACUUCACAUUUGAACAGAGUUCUUAAGUUAGAGGACUUAAAUCAACGCAAUCAUGACUUCAUCUGUAUCAUGUGCGCUCUAUCUAUUGGUAUCAAUCGUUUUUCCGUUGUCUUUUGCGUUAUCUGGGGAAUAUUGUCACGGCUGGACGGAUUCCUUCAACUCUUGGCACCGGGGAUUCCAUUGUCCGGAGCGCUUUGACGGUGAGGACGCGCGCUACUGCUGCGGGACAUGCGCGCUCAGGUACUGCUGCACGUACGCGGAGGCGCGCCUCGAUCAGAGCACCUGCGACUCGGGCUCCGAGUCUGAGAACACGGAUGACGUGAGAAAGUUGACAGAACGUGUUCCAACCUAUCUGCCUUUUGUGAUUGUGGUGAGUGCGUUCCUGUCGUUCAUUCUGGUCGGUGCGGUUGUAUCUGUCUGCUGCUGCCAGUGUGUGAAACCAAAAGCAAGCGAUCGGCCAACAGGGCCAUCUGUUGCUCAGACCAGCCUGUUGGAAUCUGGAGGACCCUCUGUGGACAUCUCCACACCGUCCCGCACCUCCACGUCAGGCUCCUCCACGACAAACACUCGCCCUCCACCAUCCGAGCUCAGCGUGAAGCUCUAUGGCCCGAUGGGAAACGCCUUCUCAAACUCUCAGUCCCAGCAGUAUGUUCCUCCACUGCCACAGGGGGCACCACAGUUCUACCAGCCCUACAUGAAUUACCGUCUCCCCCCAGAACACAGCAUGCUGAUGGCCCCUGUGUUUCCGGAUGCCCAUCCUGUGUUUGGGCAGGUGCACGGUCAGCCUUUUCCUCAGGCCCCCAUGCACACAGAGCCCAUAUAUCCCACUGUCACUAUAUGAUAAUGUUUAUAAAACUACAAAUGGACUAUAAAAAUGUGUGGUACUACACAAGGAAGAAUAAUAUCCCAGGGAUAUUUUAUUUUUGCUGCCUUGGAUGGCUUCCAAAAACAUUUUCUGUAUCUACAUAGACACAAUCACAUCUGACAUCAUGUUGGUCGAGGUUGGUAUCUUUUAUGAUGUAUUAAUACUUCUCAUAGGAGUGUAUUUGCAUGAACACUUGAUUGUUUAUUCAUAAAUCACUGUUUGUAAUGUAAUUUAUAACAGAUUAGAGAAUAAAUUUUAUUUUCAUAGGC